AUGAGGUCGACUAAUUCACUCGCCAGUGAAUCACAUAUUUUUUUUUUAUGUUUUUCAGGUUGUGAAACCUUGAGAGUGAUUGAUGGGUGCUGGAAAGUGUGCAUGCCCCAUUGUAUGUUUGCCAUGGAGAUGGAAGUUCAAGGAUUUCCCCUUCUGAAUUUCCCAGAUGUGUGCACCUCUGAGCCAAAGCCUGGAUCUGUGUUUUGUGCAGACCACUAUAAGAUACUGGAAGAGAAGAACAUCCCCACACAGAAAGAAGAAUUUCUUCAAUUAAUUGGCUGUAAGAAGAAUCCAAGUUCAAGUGAAGACAUUAAGGCUGUUGAUGAUAAGAUAAAAGAAUUUUCAAAGCAGUUAGCAUCAACAACAGCAGAAAUGUCAUCACUGAAUUACCAGAACACGGAACAAAUUGUUAGCCAGGUGAGCCCUCCCGACUGGCAAUCAACCUCCACAGACACCAUAUUCAACAAAGACACUGGUGAGAAGGCACGACUAAGACAAAGGAGCCGUGGCCAUUUUGUAUGUGUCACUGGAGGAGGGCACAUUCAAUAUUUUGAACCUUUAUUCAAGUCAGAAGGACCUUGCCAGGUAUUCAUGAUAACCAAUCGCAGUUUGUUACUGGAGCUGAGUAAAGUGCCAGAAGACCAGCUUGAGGCAAGGAUGAAAUCAUUGAUUUUAGCCUAUGACAACAUGUGCAACCUUGAUUGUAUUAAAGCAGCUAAGGAAGACUUGCCAUUUCCAGCUGCUCUAAACAAACUGUGGAAGACGAUUAAAAAGAUUGUUGACAGAUUACAUCUGCAAAACCACAAGGAUGUCCGAUGUAAAGUCACUUAUGAUCCGUCAACAAUACCAGAAAGUUAUAACACCCUGAUCGCAGAGCAGACCUUUUCCUGGUUUUCAAGGUAUAAGAAAAUUGCAAAUUCAAUGACACAAACGCACCAUCUGUUGUAUAUCCACAGACAAAUACAAAGGCGGAAUAAGUACUCGGGAUCAUGUCGUCUACGUGGGAAAUCACCACUCUUGCCUGGUAUCAAUAUAACAUUACAGAAGAAAGCGGUUAAAGACUGA